AACAGGCCCAUGUGAGGGCCAGGAUUGGCUGGGUCUGGAGGCUCGGAUGGUCUGGCUUCUGCUGUCACGUGGUGUGCGCUGUUUUCUUAUCACGUGGCUGCCACCCAGCUUAGGCUGCAUGGGGAGGGGGCGGGCUCCCGCUAUCCUGCUCGGCGGAGGGGCCGCUCUGCUCCUGUCGUUUCUUUGGAUGCCGGCGCUUUUGCCCGUGGCUUCCCGCCUUCUGUUGCUACCCCGAUCCCUGAUGAUCAUGGCCUCUGGAAGUACCCUGUCCCAGCCCUCGCCGGCCUCGGGCUCCGGCUACGUUCCGGGCUCGGUGUCUGCAGCCUUUGUCACUUGCCCCAACGAGAAGGUCGCCAAGGAGAUUGCCAGUUUUGGAAGCCUGUCCCUGGCUGCCAGUGCAAAACUCCGGGUCACGGGGUGCUCAGAAUGGGGCUGUCUCUUCACCUUCAGGGCUGUGGUGGAGAAGCGCCUAGCAGCCUGCGUCAACCUCAUCCCUCAAAUUACAUCCAUCUAUGAGUGGAAAGGAAAGAUUGAGGAAGACAGUGAGGUGCUGAUGAUGAUUAAAACCCAAAGUUCCUUGGUCCCAGCUUUGACAGAUUUUGUUCGUUCUGUGCAUCCUUAUGAAGUGGCUGAGGUGAUUGCAUUGCCUGUGGAGCAGGGGAACUCCCCAUACCUGCAUUGGGUACGCCAGGUCACAGAGUCAGUUUCUGACUCCAGCACAGUCCUACCAUGAUGGGCUCUGUUCCUGCCAGGAUCCCCUCACCUACUUCAAUGCCCUCUGACUUUCAGAUGAUGACCAGGUCCCCAGUAAAUCCUAUAUUUGGUUCUCUCUGC